GGCGAUAUGACUUGUGGUUUGUUAGAUUGAUGUAAUGCCACACGUUUUGCUUUAUACCAGCGUUUAUCUCUUUGCGAUUUGUAAGGAAAUAUGGAAAAAACUUCAGAUUUACAUAGUCGUGUUUUUGCAUUAUUAAAAUAAAAUAACUUACGUUUUAAAACAAUGACUGUAUGUUAAACCAUCCGUGUGCGUUCUGUAAUGGGAUAUCUCAUUGCAGUUACGUACAACAGUGCGGCGAGUUGGAGUUCAAGUUCGAAUAAGGCCCUUGAGCUGAACGCUGCUAAAAGGAAUUUUCCAUUUCAUUCCUAUACGAACGGGGCGCUGGUCCAAAGUCUUCCGCGUAUAAAAUCAUAACUCCAAGAGAAAAAGGAAAGACGUCUUUUUUCUGCAGAGGUAUCUGAAAGAACAGGGAAAGUGGGCUGGUGUAGCUACAUGGAAUUCGUUUGCUGGAAGAGGAGGAGUAUGACUGUAAUUAAAUGAAAAAAAAAACUUGAGACUGAUUUGUUAGGAUCGAGCAGUCGGGAGGGUGUUACCGGUCGAUAUUAUAUCAAGUUUGAAAAGCAAAUACGGGAUCAGAAAUUUGGCGCCUUCAAGUUUUUAUAAUAUACUUUUGAACGAUUUCCUCCCCGCCUGGAGACUGGCUUCGUUUUAGAUUCCGGUAUUUUCCCCCCUUUCCCUCGGUACAAGGGGAGCAGGAGAUUCGCUGUGGAUGUUACCGGACUUAAUGACGUUAUUUAAAUUAAAAUCAGAUAUGUCGUCUGGCAUCGCUUAAUGAAACUGCUUGGAUCCUCAAAGUUGUUUGACGCCCUUGGAUUAGACAUCUUUUUAGGAGACUAACUUUGCAUCUCCCUGCAUGCUGCGCGAACAGGAAUGAAUCGAUAAAAAUCAACCCACAUGCUGGACUUUUGUAGCUGAGUGAGAUAACUUUCGGUUAAGCACGGUGAUGUAUUCUCCAAUUUGUCUGACACAGGAUGAGUUCCAUCCGUUCAUCGAGGCCCUCCUCCCGCACGUCCGCGCCAUCGCCUACACCUGGUUCAACCUGCAGGCGCGGAAGCGCAAGUACUUCAAGAAGCACGAGAAGCGGAUGUCCAAGGACGAGGAGCGGGCGGUGAAGGACGAGCUGCUGGGCGAGAAGCCCGAGAUCAAGCAGAAGUGGGCGUCCCGCCUGCUGGCCAAGCUCCGCAAGGACAUCCGGCAGGAGUACCGCGAGGACUUUGUGCUCAGCGUCACCGGCAAGAAGCACCCCUGCUGCGUGCUCUCCAACCCCGACCAGAAGGGCAAGAUCCGCCGCAUCGACUGCCUCCGGCAGGCCGACAAGGUGUGGCGCCUGGACCUGGUGAUGGUCAUCCUGUUUAAGGGCAUCCCUUUGGAAAGUACCGACGGCGAGCGGCUGGUCAAGUCGCCGCACUGCACCAACCCGGCACUUUGCGUCCAGCCGCACCACAUAACGGUGUCCAUUAAGGAGCUGGACUUGUUUCUCGCCUACUACGUCCAGGACCAAGACUCCCAGCAGUCAGGAAGUCCCAGUAACAAUGAGCCUGGCAAAAACCCUCCAGGUUACCUGGAAGACAGCUUCAUCAAAUCAGGAGUCUUCACUGUUUCUGAGUUGGUGAGAGUUUCCAGAACCGCCAUCACACACGGGGCGGCGGUGAACUUCUCCAUAACCGACAUGCCGAGCCAGCCGUACUACCACGACCUGAACUCCGGCGUCGGGCUCCACCGGUCUCUGUCGUCGCCACACGGCAGCAAACGGCCCAAGACCAUCGCCAUCGAGGACAGCAUGGAGACCAGCCCGUCGGGGGACUUCUACUCCUCUCCCAGCUCCCCAGCCAGCGGCAGCAGGCCCUGGCAUGAGAGAGACCAAGACAUGUCGUCUCCCACCAUGAAGAAGCCCGAGAAGCCAUUGUUUAGCCCCACCUCCCCGCAGGACUCUUCCAGAAUGAGCACUUUCCCCCAGCACCACCAUCCAGGGCUAACGGGGGUGGGACACAGCGGUACGUACCACCAGCCAGGCCUAACGGGGGUUGGACACAGCGUGAUUUCAACAAGGAGCCCGCCGCCGCACUCUCCCCUGCAGUUUUCUGCCCCCGCCAUACUUCCUCCUGCCCCGACGACUUACUUCACCCACCCCACCAUCCGCUACCCGCCCCACCUCAACCCCCCCGACGCCCUGAAGAACUACGUACCGCCGUAUGAUCCGUCCAGCCCGCAGAGCAGCCAGCCCAACAGCAGUGGCCAGGUUGUGGGGAAGGUGCCCGGGCACUUCACCCCGGUGCUGGCUCCCUCCCCACACCACAGCGCAGUGCGCCCCGUCUCUCUCUCCAUGCCCGACACCAAACCCAUCACCACAUCCACUGAAGCCUACUCAUCCCCAGGAACCCCCACGGCCAACCGUUUUGUCGGACUGAGCUCCAGGGAUCCAGCGUUCCUACACCAGCAGCAGCUGAGGAUAUGUGACUGGACCAUGAAUCAAAACGGCAAGCAUUAUUCCCCCACUGCCACUGAGGAUACUAUGGGAAUUACUUGGCAAAGUCCUGGUACCUGGGCGAGCUUAGUCCCGUUCCAAAUGUCGAACGGGACUCCGAUUCUGCCAGCAAGUGUGCAGAACUACAGCAUAAACAUCAUUGGUGAGCCCUUCCUUCAGGCAGAGACCAGUAACUGAAAUCCGGCUGGAACAGGAAGCAAGGAAGAAAGGAAGGAAGUCAUCUGAACUUAAGGGACAAAACCAGCAAGCGGCACUUAUACAAUCUGCUGUGUGUUCCCUACAGGGACACUGGCCAUGAACACUACAAGGUGAAGCGGUCUGGCUACGUAUUGUUGCUCACCCCAGACAGUCUUUGUGUGGAGAAAUCCUCCCCCCCAUCUCCCCCCCCCCCUCCCCUGUCAAAUACUGUGAUUGACCCGAUAAACGACUUUAGAUGCCUUAAUGUUUGCAUGAUAUGCUAGUUUCUGUUAGUACUUUUCUCAAUGUUUCGGAAGCGCUAGUCCUAGUUUGAAGACAGGCUGAGACGGUUCGAUAAACGCGUAAAGACUGGCUGAGAACAGGCCGUGUGGGCGGGGCCUAGCGUCGCCUUCACAGGCUCACACGCCAAUCCCGCUCACCGCAUUUUCAUAGGAACAACAUGUGAAAAUCAGACUCAUUUCUUAGAUCCACAGUUCAGUUUGUUUAUGUUUUGUUUUUCAUAUUUUUAACCUGUAAUCCUGUUGAACCAGUGCUGAUAUUUAGUUAAACGUAAAGGUGAUCAUGUACACUAAAAGAGUUAUGAACUCUUAAAAUAAUAACGUGAGAAAAAGAAACCUAUAUUAUUAGGUUAUGAAAAAUUUUCCCCUUUCGGUGCAGAAUGCAUUUAGAUAUUUCCUUUUAAAAAAGGUGUAAAAAAAAAAGACAAAAAAGAAUCUCUUGAGAGGCAAGUGCAAUUUAUGUAAUAACUGAAGGGAAGCUAUGGCAGUCUACCACCCCUGAGACACUAAAAUGAAGGGGAUUCAAUGUUUUUAAGAAAACAAAAAAAAAACAAUUUUAGGUUGCAUCCUCAAUUUAAAUGGGAUCGAUGAGAAAAUGCAGAUGUCUGUGCAAAACAGGGAGCUUAUAGCCUGAACACAAAUAACUAUGAAUCAAACGGCACUUAUAUUCUAUUGAGCCUUGUCCUCAGUCUGAGGGCAGCUUUUAUUUAUAUUUGUAAAAAAUCAAAACUACAAAAAGCAGGCAGAACGAGACGCAAACUCUCUGCGAAACGACUCGCGCUUUCUAGGAGUGAUCGACCUUUCGACCCCUCGUGCUUCUGAAGCUACUGUUUACAAAAACAAACUUUUAAAAUAAGUAAAUAAAUAAAAAAUACGAAUGCGGGCUGUUUGAGCAAUUAAAGAGAAAUAAAUUUUAAAAAACGAGCGCUCGUUGUCUAUAACACGCAUUCGGCGAAACGCUAAUCUAGGGGGAGCCGAAGAGAUGCAUGGUGCUUUAGUGAAAAACGUAAAUCCAGCGGUUCGCAGUGGCCCCCGGUCACGGCCAGAGUUCGCAGUGUGCACGGCAGAAACUUUGCCUUCAAAUCUCCAGUCCAGAUAUAUAAAUAUAAAUAUAUGUGUAACUCCUCUUUCCAAUAAUCUUUAUUUGCACGAAGAUAAUAUAGUCCACAUUACGUGCCUUUCCUGUGAAUAUAGAAGAACUUCACUACACUUGUUUUUUGCUGCAUUUAUUACCAUUUUAAGAAUUAACAUUUUUAUGAUAAGAAAAAAAAAAAACUAUUUUGUACUCCGGAUGAAAUUGUGACAUCAUUGAUUUUAACUACAUUUACUACUUUAAUUCACAUUUAUAAUGCAUAUCAUGGCUGUGUACAGUUGCCGUUUUAAAGUUCAUAAUCAAUCAGCAUUAUUUUUCAGUAUUUUGGUGGUUUUUCUAAUAACCCUUCAUUUUUUUGUUUCUUCAUCUUCCAGUUACUAUAUGGGGGGUUUCAAAUGUAUAAGAAUUAUGCAAUACCAAGUUUUGCCUAUUAUAAGUAGUGCUUUUAGCUCUGUUGAUUAUUAGAAAAGCUAGUAUGGAGAUAGUAUGGACAAUAUUGUACACAAUUAUUUUGUCGAUGUUGUUGGUGUUGUUGACCUUGUUGUUGUUGUUGUUUAGUUUUUUUCCCUUUAUUUUGUUUAGUUGACCUAAGAGGGAGCUGCUUACUAUGCAGUGUGUGACAAGGUCUUUUUUUUACUGUUCUGAGAGAUCGAGAGGAAUAAUUCGUUUUUGUUUUUUUCAUUUUCUUUUUCGAGGGGUGGGGCCAGGGGGGAGGGGGGGCUUUGAAUAAUCCAACUUAAUUAAUUAAACUUUACAGCACGCCUGUGAAGAAUGCACCCUUGGUCUUAGACGGCUGCAAAGUCACUGAUCUGUCUACUGUGACAAACUGGGUCCUCCUUUUAAAAAUCUCACCUGGGGUGCUAGAGAGAUGACUGGACGAAGCUCAUUUACACAGGAGAAGGAGGCGCGACUUGAGUGAAGACAAUCAUUAAGAACCACUCAAAAGAAACACAAAAAAAAAAAUCCAUUUAGAAACUAUAUGCAAAUCAAUUCCUAAGCAGAUGCCUUAAAAAUAUAAGUGACUUGUUAACGUAUUACAAUCACCGACACGCCGAUGCGUAUUAGAAAUAAAUAUAAAUCAGUCAGCUUGGCUAAUAUUCAGAGAUCAGGUCUCCCAGUUCCUAGCGUUUAAUAUGCACUACAGCUGUUUUUUUUGUGUCUGUGAAUCCGGGGAUAAAACUGUCCUUGUGGAGAAGCCAUGAUUUUAAAGCUUUGAGUUUUUUAUUUUUAUUUUUUAUUGAGCUAAACCGAGGGCUUCAGGGAAAGAAUCGUGAUCACCCUGAUGGUCCCUGUCUUUUUGUAGGCAAUCAUCCGUCGUAUUUGUUUUUUUAACACUCGCAUUGAUGAUUAAAUCGGUUCAAAAAUAAUAAAAUCUCAGGCAUAUUACAUGUACCAGGGCAUUAACAAUUAUAAUAGUAAAAAUCCCAUUAAACGUCAAGGCGAUUCUUUGCUACCUAAUGUGAAUUAAGUGUCGUCCUUCCUCUCUUUGACACAAUUUGCACUCUUCUCUGAUUCUUGCGUAUGUCGGGUGAGCUUAGCUUGUCUAGACCUUACUCCACCUGUAGUACACACACACGCGCACACCCUCACCAAGAGUACACAUACACACAGUGCAGUGGUCUAUAAAAUAAAUAAACUCAAGUCAAGCUUCAUUUCUCCUCCAACAUCAAUAUGCUGAUUCUGAUUUGGGAAAAAAAAUCGAAAUAAUUAUUGUUAAAAAAAAUAAAAUAAAAAAGUUUAUAAAUUCUUUUAAAAGUCACCCCGUUCUAUGUGCACUGUUCUGCCUUUAGUUUAGUGUUUUGGAGAAAAAAAACGUAAGUGCUUUGCAGCCCUUGGGCCAUUGGCCUUGCCACUGAAGUGCAUUGUCCCUGCGCGCGACACGGAUGCUCGGGGUCAGUUUCGGGAGGAGAAUGCAGUGAAGGAGUCCAUCGUGUACAUAAAGGCGAAAUCGUGGUGACGGUAGCAUAGCAAUAGUUCUUUGGGUGUUCACUGCUCUCCCAGCUCUGUGAAAUGUGUGUUUUGAAUGACUCUGAAGCUGCAAGAGUAGAAUCGAUGGCUCUUUGAUUGAAAUACCAGCCUUGUAGACAGCAGUUUGUACACUGUAUAGCUUUUUUAAAAAUCCUUUUUUUUUUUUUGAUGCCCUUUUUUUAAAGGUAAACUUUUUGACUAACGAUUAUGUGUUGCUUCCAUUUUUCAGAGAAAAAAAUAAAACAACAUCAUAGAAACUGGACUUGAGUUACAACUCUCCAGGUUCUGUUAAUUUAUGAUUUUUUAAAAAACUAUUGUCCAUUUUUUGAAAUCCUGUACUUAAAGUAGAGGAAAGUUAUCCUUUACCAAACUGUAAAUGGUGAAAAGUUAUAUUUUAUGAAGGUCUUUUUGUGUUUAGUGUUGAUUAGCUUGGUUUUUUGAAACAUUUCAUAAAUGUUGGAAGUGUUGUUUUUGUUUCUGUGGCCAUAGAUAAAAUUAUUGUGUUUUUUUUUUUCCAAAUGGAAAGAAUAUUCGAAUUUCUGAUGAGGGUGACAUUGGGUAUUAUUAUCGAACAAUCAGAACAGCGUUGACGUAACAGAAUGAGGUUGCGUGCUUUCUUCCUUUUUGUAGUGAUCGCCAGGGGGUUUAUUUGAAAUGACAUCACUUCUGUUCUCUGGUCCCUUAAUGAGUUGGGGGGAAAACAUGCACGGUUGAAUAGUGACAUGUGAAUGAUGGGAUUCCAUUAUACAGUGUACAGGGUUUGUUUUUGUUUUUUUGUUUUUUUCUUCCUGUAAAAAAAAAAAAAUGACAGGAUAAUCCAGUGUUGCUGUCAGCUAAGCCCUACCAUUCCACACAUUUUUACAUAUCUGCUGUGAUCAUUGAUGAACGUCAAAUGCGCUCAAAUGAACGGUAUUGGCUGACCUAAGCGGUGCUGAGUGUCCUGCUUCACAGCCGGUGGAGGGCCCUUCCUGAAAGGUCGGCCAUUGGUUGAAAACGGAGUGGAAACGAAGCCUGCUUUCACGUGCUUUUACUCCCAUUGACGUCGAGAUUUACUUUGCUAUCGAGGAGGAAUUCAGUGAAUGGCUGAAUAUUUGCACUUUCUGAUAGUUUCCCUGUUGCUUUACUAGUAUAUGUAUUGUUGGCAUCUGGUACGCAUGUUCAGUGCACCUCUUUGCCCUUUGACCUUCCACCACUUCCUGGAUCAGUGUUCUUCACAUACGCCCUUGGUUGCUCUCUUCUCUGCUACAACUCACAAUGUUACUUACAAGGGGAAAAGGAUAGGGAUGGUCAGUUUGUACUUUUUUCCUUUUUUGCUGCCAUUUCAUACAUUUUAGUAUUUUUUUUAAAGGGCUGGUAAAGGUUAAAAAAAGGUUAAACAUCUAUGGUAAUAAUUAUGUACACAUUUGCUAUAAUUUCACACCAUUACAUAUAUUAUUUCUGAGAGUGACACUGGCCCAUUACAUGAGAGGUUCAUGAGUCUAGUCCUUACAGGACAGAAAUUCCUGUUUGAUCAUAUGGGCGUGGCCAUUGGAAACCCUUGAUUUAUCCAUAUGCAAGGAGGACCAGUGACACUAAUGCAAUCUGUAAUUCCUGAAUUUUUAUUGAAUGUGUGGUUACAAAAUACUCUGCUACAGGGACUAUGGUAAAUGUAUUAGCAAGCUGCAGACAGACUUUAAGAGGUAUGUUCUACAUCAACAAGUGUUUUAUUUUAGAGGGCAUUGACUGCAGCCUAGACAGACUGUGUAAACAAGUGUGACAGAAAACCAGCAUAUGUAACGUUUACCAAAAAAAAAGGAACUUUCUUUUUCUUUUCUUUUUUUCAAAAAGCGAUAUUAAAGCAGUGCCUGUUGAACAUUAGUCUCAGUGGAGUUAAGUUGUAAAUAAAGUUCUUGAUAGUUUUUUUGUCAGAAAACAACAAACAGAAUGUGUGGGGCACCUCUUCCCUUGUUUUUUUUUCCCCCAUGUGUAAAGUUUUUGGAAGUGAGUCUUCAACAAAGCGUGUGCUUCGUUCAUUUGAAUCUUUUAGCCAGCUAGGAUGGAGUGCCCCUGUCUCUCUUGAUAUUUCUCUGAGGAAAAAAAAAAUUUAGUAGGGCAGUGUGUUUCUUUAGAUUGUCAAUGCUACAGUACAUUUAGUACAACGUUAGGUGAUGAGUUGUCAGUUUAAAAAAAAAAAAAAAAAUGCUUGCUAACCACACAGCAGGGUUGAUCCAUUUUGGUUCUUGUGGCACUUUUGAACCCUUGUGCAAAUGCAAUCACACUACCGAAAUUUUAAAGAGAACCGUGACACCAACAAAAAAAGGCUGACAGCAGUGGUGCUGCAGCUACUGAAAGUGCAGUCACAUGAUGUACAGUAGAUAGAUAGGUACCUGAAUAUUAUAUAAUAUUAUAUAAUAUCUACAGUACUUUACAGUCCUCUUUUUGAAGUUUAAAAAACAUACUUCAAGUAGCUGUAUAUACUGUAAAGGAACUGUUCUUUCUCUCUGUCUUCUUCCCCUCCUUUUUUUUUUUGGUUGUUACGGACUUUCUCCUGGGCUUAAACCGAAGUCGCCAUUUAUUUAAGCCGGUUGCAUUUGGUGCAGGGGCCCGAACUGCCACAAGAUUAAAAUCAGUGUAAAUAAAGCUUGACUUAUUGUGAUUGUUACUGUUAUAUCCAGCCUAUACUGCUAGCAGCUGCUCUUACUGCAGUCAAUUACUGGAAGUGGAUAUAUUUCCUAUGCAAAACUGAUAAAACAAUAAAAUGAGCUAUGCUACAAAAAA